AUGAGAAGUGUGCGUGUGUGUUUCUGCCUGGCUCUGCUGCUGCCUUGGUGCGUCCAGAGUCAGAGGAGCAAUCCCGCUCUUGCUAAACUCGAUGAGGACACACAGAGGGGCAUGCUGGCUGUCGACAUCCUGAACCGCAGCGGUUUGUUGAACUCAUUGCUCCGAUCAGAGCAUCACAUUGUGCUCCGGCCAGAACGAGCCCCUCGCCCAGCCUCCCAGGUGCCAAAGAGAGCCCAGCAGGGGUCUCGCUUCGCCCUGUCCCUCGAUGUUCCCACCAGUAUCCUCAGUGUCCUCAUAGACCUGGCCAAGAACCAGGACAUGAGAACCAAGGCGGCAGCCAACGCAGAACUGAUGGCACGAAUAGGCAAGAGGAAAUAA